UAUAAAAAAAAAUUAGAAUUAAAAAAUUAAUUGAUAUUUAAAUGGAAAGUGUUUAACCUAGGGAUUUUACGAGAAUAAUCAUAAGAAAUGGGAAUAAUAUCAUAGAGGAAUAAUAUUUCUUUCCACGAUUAUGGCAAUAUUGUAUGGCUUGGUUUAACGGUUAAAAAUAAAGCAGCGCUAGAAAGAGACGCGAGAAAUAAUAAAAUGUGUACGUACAGUUAUAUACACUGAUCUAAUGUGACAUUCCUCGUUUUCACGUUUCUGCAAGUGAUUAAAAUAAAUAAAAAGACGUAUAUAUAUAUUACAAAAAAAUAAAAAGUAUAUAUAUAUAUACAGGCAUACGUGUAUAUAAAACGUUACGGUCCGAUAAAUCUCGAUAAAGAGAAAUGAAUAAACAACGACGAUACUAAAAGGUAGCACACGUUCAGAAUGGAGAGAAAGUGACAAGUUAUUCUUAACCACAACACACCCGGGAGCCUUUCUACUGGAAUAAAAAAAGGAUCAAUAAAUAAAUAAACGAAGAUUGAUAUCCGCGUAGAAAGAUAAUUAGGGUUGUCCCUUAUAAAGGAAAACCCUCCUUAGAAUGCCUACAGUAGUGAAUUCUUCCUUGACAUAUGAAAUUCUUAUGUACUUGAAUUCGUUUUACUUUGGUAUGUUUGCUGUGUGCGAGUUGGGCAUGGGACUCUUCAAGGCUGCUAAUUUGCCAUCUCCGGGCACUAGUACUACACUAACUGAGUUUGCGCUCUUAUUCUUCCUUAUAGCAACGGAGGGUGCCAGGAUCUAUUUGGGAAGGAAAGGAAAUUUAACUGAACGAGGCCUACCAAUACUUAUUGGAAUUUUUUUAACGUUUCCUAGCUCGUUGGCAACUUUGUAUUUCUUAUUUUGGCAGAAUUAUGUGCUUAAAUUAGAAGUUAUCCUUUGUAGUAUACAAUUAGUCAUUUUAGCAUUGGAGCUUAUUAUCUCGGUCAUGUACCUCAUAGCAAUUUAUCGUCCUCCAUCUCCUAAAGAAUGA